ACAGAACACACAGAGAGACUCAAGGAACUCUUCUUUUAGAACAAGCCAAAGAUACAAGGAUGAAGACGCCUCAGCUCCUCAUCCUCAUCUUGAGCAUUUUGGUGCAUGCGGGAACGUGCUUCCCCGCAGAGAGAGGCAGGCGGGAAAAGCACGCCUCCUGGGACGACGUGAACGUGGUGGCCCACGGCCUCCUGCAGCUGGGGCAGGGCCUGAAGGAGCACGUGGACAAGACCAAAGCCCAGAUGAGGGACGUGAGCGGCAAGCUGAAGGCCCUCAACGGCACGCUGGCCGAGCUGGACAGGAGGCAGCAGGAGGAGAGCGGAGCCCUGAAGGCCCAGAUCAAGCAGGCGGAGGAAAAGGACAAGCUGCUCUCAGAGCUGGCGGAGGAGGUGAAGACAAACGUGGGGGAGGUGAAAAGGCAGACGGAGGACAUCUCCUCCAGGAUGGACAGGCUGGAGGAGGUGCUGACCGGACCGGCGCUGGACAGUAACGACAGCGAUCACACCGGACUCUCGUUCAUUCAAAAGCUGAUGGCAGCUCAGAACAGGCGAAUCGACCAUCUGGUGGAGAAAAUCCAGCAGCAGCAAGAUAAGCUGGAGAAACAGAGCGUGCACCUACAAGCCCUGCACACCAAGGUUUCACAUAAAAGAGUGAAAUCACACAAACGGAGAGAUGAAGAAAAUGCACUGAGCGACGGGGUUAAGCACAUCCAAACUGAACCAGGUUUGAACAGAGACUGUCACGAUCUGUUUGUGAGAGGGCACCGAGCAACAGGCAUCUACACCAUCCAGCCUGAGAACUCGCAGCCCUUCGAGGUCCUCUGUGAAAUGACAUCUGAUGGCGGAUGGACAGUCAUCCAAAAACGUCAGGAUGGAUCCCAAAACUUCAACCAGUUCUGGGACGCCUACAAGACAGGCUUCGGCAGCCUUAAUGGGGAGUUUUGGUUGGGUUUGGACAACAUCCACUCCCUUUCCGAACAAGGCCGGUACGUCCUGCACGUCGAGCUCUCGGAUGAAUCCGGAAAGCAGCAGGACGCCGUUUACAAAUUCCAACUCGAUGGAGAGGAGAAGAAGUUUGCCCUUCAUCUUGAUGAGGAGUCCGGGGAUCAGGAGAAAAUGCUUUCCACCGGAGAUUCCGGCCUUCCCUUCUCCACAGCCGACAGCGACAACGACCUGGCUGUAGACGUCAACUGUGCCGAGCUGCUCUCAGGUGGUUGGUGGUUCAGCGGCUGUGGUCAGUCAAACCUGAAUGGAAAAUACCCCAGAAAGCCUUGGCAGCGCCAGGGCCGGCACUCCAGAAGACAGACAAUGUUUUGGACCGCCAGCAGCGGACAGGGAAGCUCGCUAAAGUCUGCGCUUCUCAAAAUCGCACCAGCGUCGAUAAACCAAUAAGCCCCAGAGGAAACCUUUAAACUCUUGACGCCGAACUACUGAUGAACUUAAAACAGGAGCUGCAAGGUGCUCUACUGGUCUCCUGAUGCACUGAUGACUGGAUAAUUAUAUGCAAUGCAUAUGACAACUCAAUGUCCAAGCGGACAUCUUCUGUCACAUUGACUGCGAUAUCAUACCCUUUAUGAGGGUUUUUAUGAUGUAAUUACUUUAAUAAUGUACAGUUUUUUACUUUACAUUUGAUCUCAACUUGAAACAUUUGUAUGGAGUGGUUGAAAUAAAGCCAUUAAAUUAUAAAAGAAA